CACCCAGCAAAAUGUAGCAGCGACAAUUGCGAGUGAUUGCCCUGAUUCCAAACAAUCUCCGAAAUGACCUCAAAGUGACCUUUCAGUGACCUCUCAGAGACCUCCCAGUGAGUACCAUGAAUCCUGCCACACAAACCCCGAGAUGACCUCUCAGUGACCUCUCAGAGACCUCCCAGUAUCCCCUCAGUGACCUCUCAGAAACAUGUCAGUUACUUCUCAGUAAGUGCCAUGAUCCCUGCCAAACCCUGCCCCCGAGGUGACCUCUCAGUGACAUCUCAGUGAUAGCUCAGUGACCUCUCAGUGCCCUCUCAGAUACCUCUCAGUGACCUCGCUGUGCCUCUGAGGGAAUGGCGCGUCAGAAGGACAGUUCGACCCCCGAAGGACCCGAGUGGGAAGUGGCUACUGUUAAGGGUAGUCGAUCGGAGCAUUGGACGGGGGUAGACCAUUUGUCGGGGCCGCUCAACCCCCUGUGUAUCACCGAUGCUGAUCAUGAGAUAUUGAGGCCGAAGCCUAGAAGGAUAUCAGACAACUCACGAACCGACAUCACCUACCAUGAGGCACCCAAGAACACCAACAACUCAAAAGAAACCCAAUCAGCUGAACCGUUCAAAGUCAACUGCUCCGAGCGCAUGGUUUCGCCCAAGCGCAAAGUGGAGUAUUUCCAGCACCUCUACGUGGCCAACAACGUGAAAACGUCCACUUUCAGCGGCCAUCUCGACAAGAAGAACCACACUCAUCACGACUACAAGUGCCCUUAUUCGAGCUCCAGUAUGAUCCCGGAAAGGGAUGUGGGGCCGAACAAGGUUGCUCCGGGUAACGUACGAGGUUCCAGGAUGUUGCGUGGACAGCGUGGAUGCCAUUCGGAGCAACAUGUUAGAGAGGUGUCUCUCAAUCAGCAUCAUCACAUCAGUGCGGAUGAACUCAAACGUGACGUCAGACCACCACAAUGUGGUCACAACUCAUCCGACGAUUCCCUGUCUUCUGGCCACGCGAGCAUGUCAGACACUGGCCACAGCUCGCCUAGGGCCAUCUCCAGCACGGAUCCCAACAAGAUGUCGGCCGGAGUGCUGCCAAAAACCCAAAAUAGCAAAUCUAGUCCGCCCAAUAGCCGGCAGAGACAGAGAGCAACUCCUGCUGGGUUACAUGUUCCAUGGUCGGGAAAUGGAGAUCUCCAAGACAUCAAGCUAGCCUUGCAGCAGCUAACGGUUAGAUCGCACACCUCUACCAGCACCUAUUCCAGCAUCAGCGCUGGGUCCGAGAGUUCGGAGCCUCCGCCUAGAAGACUCGUGAGGAAUUCUUCGCUCGACACCAUAAAUACCAGUGUUACGAAUGCGGAUGAAUUCGUAUGGGUGGACUCCCACAAUAGACUAGUCGAACUCCAGCACUUACCCUGGACCAACCACUGCAUCCUUCGAGUCCUACAAACAGGCCGAUGCAAACCCCACAUGACCAGAGUCAACGUGGAAAUCAUCCCUAGACUCUCAUACCUCUUGCAGCGAGCUCUGGUCAGGAUAAGCAGGGAGGCCCAAAGACUCUCGUCCACGGUCGGAGUAUCCACGAAACACGACAUAACAGCCGCUUUUAGGGUAGUUUUGUGUCCGAGGCUGGCCGAUUCCAGUGUGAAGGCUAGUUUGAGGGCUAGCGCUAUGCUAGCCAUGUCUGGAGACAGCGGUUUGAAGCAGAGCAAGUCAUCUAGAGCCGGGAUCCAGCUGCACAUCGGAAGGUUUCAUCGAUGGAUGAUUGACGUCAACUUGGCAAAAUUCGUGCACGAGUAUGCGGCGGUAUAUUUAUGUGCUGGUUUCGAGAAUCUUCUAGAAGAAAUAUUGCUCCAGUGUCUUCCGAAUGACUCGGAAGUGAAGCUGACAGCUAGCUCCUUGGAGCAUGCCAUAGCAAAUAAUGGUGACUUGUGGGGAUUACUUCAGCCCUACGCACAUUUAAAUGCGGGAAGAAUUGCCUCAGGCGUGUUAUCCUCUUCAAGAUGGGCGUCAGUAUCCAGUCUAUCAUCUAGGGACUCCGUUCAACGUUCUGAGUCUCUCGAGCUAGCCCUGAUGACGACUUGCGUAGGAUCUUUAAGCGAGUUAGAAGACUUGAUAAAGAGGAUAAACCCUAGGAUACCCGUUUGUUCCAAGGCAGUCAGAUCUCUGUUCUACUUCAUGAGAUGUUCGCAGUUAGAACACGAAGACCAGGGUGGCAACGUUGUACAGGAACUAUGUUACGAACGUGCGUAUGUAGUGCUGCCACCGUUGGGAGAAUGGAUGAGAGUAGCAACUGCACACAGCGAACAUAGAUUUGCCGCCAUGAUUGAUAAGGACGACAUCUUGCAGGCAGCGAGAUUACUAUUGCCCGGAGUUGAUUGUCCCGUUAGAUGUUUGGGGGAAGAAGCCGUUAGAGUUAGGAAGGAUACUGGGAAUAAGGAUGAUCAGUUGGAGGCUACCAAACAAAUAGAGAUAGAAUUGGCGUUUAGAUUGAUGUUGAGUGGACGACCAGAGGUCAUAAAUCAAGCCAUUCGUUUGUUACCUAACUCGACAAAGUUGAAUACGCUCAAUCCUCAAGGACAUACAGCUCUCAUGUUAUCAGCAAUGAGCAAUGACCACAUAACCCUCAUGGCUUUGAUAGAUGCUGGGGCUUCAGUGGACGUAGAAACGCCUUCCCCGACCUGUCCAGAAUUUCCAGCGGUGAAUGGGGAGAACCAGCAUUGGACUGCAUUGACGUAUGCCGCAGCGAAAGGUCAUCUGACUUGCGCCAAAUUGCUUCUGGAUAGCGGAGCCAAUGUGGAAGGUGGCGCCUCGAUGGAUAACGAUAAAUACACCCUCACUCCCUUACAAGUGGCCUGCGGCAGCGGCAACCUCGACAUGUUGUCCCUCCUCUGCUCGCACGGCGCCAACCCGUUCCUGUCCACGCAGAUCUACGACACGCUCUCGUACUCGGCCGCAGCCCAGAGGGGCUGCUUCAGCCCCGUGUCGGUAGCGGCAGCCCACGGGCACAGGCUGGCGGUGCGCAAGUUGCUCGCGCAGCCGCCGAAGAGCGCCACCGAGGAGGUGCUAUCGCUGGAGGAGAUGCUGGAGGAGAGCAACGCCAAAGGAAGCCCAAACCAGACCAACCAAUCCACUGCCUUCACCAAGGCCCAGAUAAAGUCUCUGCAAGAGGCCAUGUACCACAGCGGCGAGAAUAACCACCUUGACGUCACCGUGGAGAUAAGGACGCUUGGCGUCCCCUGGACCCUCCACUGCUGGAUGCACAGCCUGGAGGCGGCGCACGAGGCACGGUUGGACUGCGUCAUCGACCAGCUGCUGCAGGACUUCCUGCAGGUGUGCCAGGACGACUACAGCGCGCAGUUCGUCGAGGAAUGUUUGCCGUUGCUGUUCAACAUUUUUCGAUACAGUAAGAAAGAAGGAACGACCCUCCUCCUGGCAGACAUCUUCUCCACCUGCUUCGGCUGGGAGCCCAUCAAACCCAUAAGAAACUGCCUCCCGACCACUCCCGCUGGUUCCCGGAUAGACCUGAAGUACGUCAACAAUCCCGAACUCAGCGACGUCACCUUCAGGGUGGAGGGCCGGCUGUUCUACGCGCACAAAAUACUGCUGGUGACGGUGAGUUCCAGGUUCAAGGCGCUGCUGAGUUCCAAAAUGAGCGAAGGGGGGCUGCCAAUAGUGCAAAUCAAUGAUAUCAGGUAUCAUAUAUUCCAGAUCGUCAUGCAAUUCUUGUACCAAGGAGGCUGCCAAUCCCUCGAGCUGGCCCAAGAAGACAUCCUGGAAGUGAUGGCGGCGGCGAAUUUCUUCCAGUUGGAUAGCCUGCUGAGAUACUGCGAAAGACGAUGCGCCGAAAUCCUCGCUUUGGACAACGUGGUCUCGAUGUACAUCCAUGCCAAGGUGUACAACGCCGGCCAGCUGUUGGAGUACUGCCAGGCCUUCCUGCUGCAGAACAUGGUCGCCCUGCUGACUUACGACGACACGGUGAAGCGGCUGCUGUUCGCCAAGAAGCUGCCCAACCACGACGUCCUCGGGGGGCUGCUGGUGACCUUGCAGGCCAGGAUCAACGCCAAACGAGCGCAGGGCGUCGGCAAAAUGUGCCAGAACUGAAGAAUUUUGGUGGGCUGAUGAUUAAUAAGACUGGAUUUAUUUCGUCUAUGACAAUGUCAAUACGUUGUUUAGCUGUGUUUUGAUCGCCACGACUGUAAUUUGUCAUUACCACAAGUGUAUCUACUAAAG